GUCAAUCGACUCGAAUUGUAUUAGACAGCUCCGGGAAUAGAAAAUAAUCUAAGAUAUGGCUUAAGUUGUGGUUUAAAGAACUUUCGUAAAUAAAAAGAAAUGGUUCAAUUAUUUUAUAUAGUCACUAGCUUGCAUGUGCUACUAUGUCCAUUCACAAAAGUCGAGGAAAGUUUUAAUAUUCAAGCAUUUCAUGAUAUUUUGUAUCAUCGGCUAAACAUAUCAGAGUACGAUCAUAAUGAGUUCCCGGGUGUAGUGCCGCGUAGUUUUAUUGGACCACUUGUGAUAUCUUCUUUAUGUUCACCUGUUGCUUUUUUAUUUCAUUUAUUUAGUAUAAAUAAAUUUUGGAUGCAGUAUGUAGUGAGACUGACUUUAGCAUUGACUGUAAUAGCAUCAUGGAAUCGACUUCGAAAUGCUUUAAGAAAGCAGUUUGGGAAUACUUUUGCCUGGUGGUUUACUUUAGUCACUUUGACCCAAUACCACUUUAUGUUUUAUAUGGGCCGUCCAUUACCUAAUAUUAUGGCACUGCCACUUGUACUCUUAGCACUUGAAGGAUGGUUACUUGGAAAACAUAAGCAGUUCAUAAUAUCAGCAGGUGCUUCAAUUAUUAUAUUCCGCUCUGAACUUGCAAUGUUGUUUGGUUUAUACCUUAUAAUAGACCUUUACUUUAAGAAGAUUGAUGUUCCAGCGUUACUUAAAAUAGUAAUUCCGGCCGGAAUUACCUUAGUAUCACUAACAUUACUACUUGAUUCAAUAUUUUGGAGACGUCUUGUUUGGCCAGAAGCUGAGGUUUUUUGGUUCAAUACAAUUUUAAAUAAGAGUUCCGAUUGGGGUACUGCACCAUUUCUAUGGUACUUUUAUUCAGCGCUACCUCGUGGUCUUGGCCCCAGCAUUGUUUUAGUGCCCAUAGGAUUGUACCUUGAGAGGCGUCUUGUACCAAUCGUUCUUCCGGCCUUAAUUUAUAUCUUGCUAUUCUCUUUUUUACCACACAAAGAGCUCAGGUUCAUAAUAUACGUUUUUCCUUUGCUCAACGUAUCUUCAGCUGCAGUAUGCUCAUAUAUAUUUAUACGACGAACUAAAUCACCAAUUUAUGAACUACUUUUCUGGGGGACAGUGCUAAUUAUAGUUUGUAAUGUCAUAUUUUCCUUAGCACUAGCUAUGGUUGCAAUGACAAAUUACCCAGGAGGUAUUGCGAUAACAAGAUUUCACAAGUUAUUGAAAAAUGAGCCUUACGUCCAUGUACAUAUUAGUAAUUUAGCAGCGCAGACUGGAGUGACUAGAUUCACGCAAUUAAAUGACCACUGGACUUACAGUAAAAAUGAAUCACUAAAUGUUGAUCAGUUACAAGAAUUUACUCAUCUUAUUUUUGAAGCAAAGAGUAAAUAUUCAUCAAAUCUUAAGGCAUUUUCUCAAACACAUAUUAUUUUAGAUAGUGUAGAAUCGUUUUCACAAAUUACAGUGACAUACAAACUCUUUCCUCCGAUUAAAAUAAAGACCAAACCAGCUUUAUUUAUUUUAGAAAGAAAGAAUUUCAGAGACGAUGCCUUUAAAUUGACCAAGCAAGAAAGAUACACAGAGGAUAUGGAGUUAGAUCGGGUGAGUGUUGAAGAAAAGGAAAUGGAUAAUACUAAUUUUAGUGAAGAAUUACUUGAAGUACCUUCUAAUCAAAUAUUCGAAGUUGAAAUAAACACUACAGAUGGUAUGGGGGAAACUAUCGAAAUCGUUGAAACAAUUCCAGAAGAAAACGUUGUUGUAGUAACGGAUGAUGAUAAGGAAGACAAUGUAUCAGAAGAAGAAAUUGAGAAGGCAGCGGCAAAAAUUUCGAAGAUGAGAAAAACGUUAGAAGAAGUUAAAAUGUAUAAUAGACAAGAAAGAAAGAAAAAAGCCAUAUCAAAAAUAAAAUCAGAGACACGAAAGGAAGUAGUGGCUAGUGCUAAGGAAAAAUUAAAGGAACUUAUGAAACGUCAUAAACAUAUCGCCGAUGAACUUUCUGAAACACACAUAUCAGAUAAAUUCAAUGAAGAGAAAGAAGAAGAUGGAAGAGGAGAUAUACCUGAUGUUGAAAUUAAUCUAGUUGUUCCUACAAACAUGAAUGUACAAAUAGACAUUGAACCGUCGGAAGAUAUUGUUGAAGUACAUGAACCCACUAAUAACACAAAUGUUAAUAUUGAUUCUAUAGUCGAAGAGGUAAUAGUUCGUUUAAUAGAUAGAAAAAUUUAUGACGAUAAGACAAAACCCGAAGAUAUUAAACUUGAAGAUAGAAUAAUGAUUCAAAAGAUUGUAGAAGAAAUUUUAACUGAAAAAAUGAAUUAUACGAUAUCUGAAAACAAAACUAAUUAAAAAAGGGAUUUCGACCAAUUUAGUUGUGCAUAUACUAAUCAGUGAUCUCGAUGUGAAUAUAUAAAUAUUUAUAAUUUAUAAAUGUGUAUAUAAAUUACUACUUUUCAGUGCCAAAUUUAUCAUUGAUAAUAAUUAUUGUUCAGAAUUAAAGUAUAAUAAAUUAUUAUUUUUUAAUAUAUUUAGACUUUCUUGCAGUAAAUAAUAAUA